AUGGCGGAAGAGCCCCUCACACCCUUCGGCCAGGCGCUUGCCGGUGCGCUUGGAGGCGUCUUUUCGAAUGCAGUCAUCUAUCCGCUCGAUACGGUCAAGACGCGCAUCCAGGCAGGCCAGAGCUCUGCCGUCGUGGCGGGCAAAGAGGCACGAGACCCCAAAGACCCCACCAAGACCAUCGUCACGGUGCCCAAGAACGCUGGCAUGAUUAAGGGCAUUCUCCAUAUCAUUCACAGCAAAGAGGGCGUCGCAGGGCUGUACAAGGGUUUUGGAGCGAGCAUGGUCAACACGUUCUCGACCGGCUUUGCCUACUUCUACUGGUACUCGGUGGUGCGUACGCUCUACCAGAACCGUCUGGCCAAGCGCUCUGCGUCCGGUGUCGCCAUCAUGAGCACCGCAGCUGAGCUAAUCCUCGGUGCUUUUGCCGGUGCGCUGGCGCAAAUCUUCACCAUCCCCGUCGCGGUCAUCGCUACUCGACAGCAGCUGGCCACUGCGGACAGCACCAAGGAUGGCAAACCCGUCGACGAGAGCUUCGUCGGUGUCGCCAAAGACAUUCUCAAGGAAGACGGCGUCACCGGCCUCUGGCGAGGACUCAAGCCUUCGCUCGUGCUGACCGUGAACCCGGCCAUCACCUAUGGCGUCUUUGAGCGCGUCAAGACCGUCAUCCUCGCCACGUCGCUCGACGGCAAGAUGACGCCUGGCAAGUCGUUCCUCGUCGGUGCGCUGUCCAAGACGCUGGCGACCGUCGUCACCUUCCCUUACAUCCUCAGCAAGAUCCGUCUUCAAGCUAAGAACACAAAGUACACGGGUGCUAUCGACUGCUUGACGCAGAUUGCAAAGGAAAAGGGCAUCAGCGGUUGGUACCAGGGCAUGCAGGCUCAGAUCACCAAGGCGGUGCUCGCCCAGGCGCUCCUGUUUUUCUUCAAGGACUACUUUGAGGUGUGGACCCGCCAGAUCCUCAAAGUGAGCAAGAAGACGGUUGCUGCUUGA